UGCAAUUCUUAUUGGUGGAUCUGGGCAUUCUUGAAUUUCAAAUUUCUCUUUUUGAGCUUAAAGUUUUGAGCUUUUUGUUGUUUACAUAUAUAUAUGGUUGAUGGUUUUGUGAUGGUGUGAAUUGAAGUGUGAGUAUUAGAAUGGAAAAUUAUGAAAUUCUGGAGCAGAUUGGGAAGGGAUCGUUUGGUUCUGCUCUUCUUGUCAGACACAGACAGGAAAAGAAGAAAUAUGUUCUGAAGAAAAUUCGACUUGCUCGACAGACAGAGAGAACCCGCAGAUCUGCCCACCAAGAGAUGGAGUUGAUUGCCAAAGCAAGAAAUCCAUACAUUGUGGAGUACAAAGAUUCCUGGGUAGAGAAGGGAUGUUAUGUAUGCAUCAUCUUAGGGUAUUGUGAAGGAGGAGAUAUGGGAGAAGCCCUCAAGAGAGCAAAUGGAGAACUCUUCUCUGAGGAGAAGCUCUGCAAAUGGCUGGUGCAAUUGUUGAUAGCACUUGACUACUUACACACAAAUCAUAUUCUUCACCGCGAUGUCAAGUGUUCUAAUAUAUUCUUGACGAAAGAUCACGACAUACGUUUAGGUGAUUUUGGUCUUGCUAAAGUUUUGUCCUCCGGUGACCUAGCUUCUUCGGUGGUGGGAACUCCAUGUUACAUGUGCCCAGAGCUUCUUGCUGACAUACCUUAUGGUUCCAAAUCAGAUAUCUGGUCUUUGGGUUGCUGCAUGUAUGAGAUGGCUGCUCACAGACCUGCAUUCACAGCAUUUGAUAUGCAAGGUCUGAUCAACAAGAUAAAUAAAUGCAUAAUGGCUCCACUUCCCACAACUUAUUCUGGUGCAUUCCGGGGGAUCGUCAAGAGUAUGCUGAGAAAAAACCCUGAGCACAGACCAAAUGCUGCAGACUUGCUGAGACACCCCCAUCUUCAGCCUUACGUCCCGAGGAUUCAUCGUGCAUUGGAAAGCACUCGACAGAGCACUCGCCCUGUAAACAGCACUGGUUUCGACAACGUAAAGAGAACAAGAUUUGUCGAGCCUGAAAUUAGCAGUGAUAGGGCCUUGAAACCUGGUGUUUCUGAAUCAGAACUGGACUUUCCUUGCUUAUCUCUUAAAGCUCAAGAUGACAUGAUCUCUUCGAAUAAAAAUUUAUCGAAACCAUCCGUGGAAAGUCCUUCCAGUAUCCCAAAGUUUUCAGAGUCCCCGAGUCUUAUAAGUUCAAAUAAAACCUCUGCAGCUCCUAGGAAAGAGUCUCCUCCAUUGAAGAUAUCCACCCCCGGUUCAACUCGUGAACUUCUUCCGGUUUCACACACUCCGGUCAGCAAACGCUCACAAUCAGCGCGAAGAUCUUCUCCGCGAGUGUCAAACAAGCCUGCAAAGCUCGAGCCACGACGCAAACAUAAUGUCAUUAGUCUACUUUGCAGCGUGGACUCUCUUGAUGUGUCUGUGAAUGCUCCAAGAAUGGACAAAAUGGUGGAGUUUCCCAUCUCCACCCCGAAAACGCCAUCCACAACGUCUUCAGACUCGGGGGGUGAUCGCCUGAUAACGAAAGAAAUGUGCAUAGUCCCGAAACCAGAUGGCAAUGGAAGGGAAUGUUCAAAGGGCAAUCACAGAACUGGUGAAUUGUAUUCAGAUUCCUGCAGGCAGUGCUGCAGAUUCGACACCUCGUCGUUUCAGCAGCGGGCCGAGGCGUUGGAAGGCGUGCUCGAGUUUAGCGCACAGCUGAUGCAACAAGAGAGGUUUGAAGAGCUUGCAGUGUUGCUGAAACCCUUUGGGCCUGAAAAGGUUUCCCCUAGGGAGACUGCCAUUUGGCUCACAAAGAGUCUCAAGAACACAGCUCAACCUUGUAUCAUGUGAUUAAUUGUCUCUGCUGAUGUUAAUUAUGAUGAGUGCAUGGACCACUCUAAAGCUUGCAUUAUAUUUUUCAUAGCGUGAACUGUGAAGAAGGACAAGAAGAUAGCAACAAUCACUUGUUCAUGAAAGAUAGUAUAUACUACACAUGUUUCAAAAGUUGUUCUCAAAGUUGGCUUGUGAAGUUGGGGCAAUAAGUGUCAAUGUGUCAUGUUGAUUGAUCGAUCCUA